GGUCAAGGUUCGGUUAGUUGUUUAUUUUGUCGUUUUAGGAAGUCUUCUGUUCUUCAAUUGUGGUAAUGCGAUGACACGACAGCAGCUGAAAAAUUCGGGGAAAUUGAUGAAGAAGACGUGUAUGCCGAAAAAUGAUGUAACUGAAGAACAAGUGGGAGAAAUAGAACAAGGGAAGUUUAUAGAAGACAGAAACGUCAUGUGCUACAUGGCUUGUAUCUACACUAUGAUGCAAGUGAUAAAAAACGGCAAGCUAAGCCCUGAAGCGGUGAUGAAGCAAGUAGACAUAAUGUUCCCUCCGGAGAUGAAGGAGCCGGUGAAAAUAGCCGUCGAAAAUUGCAAAGAUGUCGCCAAGAAAUAUAAGGACAUCUGCGAAACAUCCUACUAUGCGUCCAAGUGCAUGUACGAAUUUGAUCCCAAGAACUUCUUCUUCCCAUAAACUUUGAAAUGUCAAUAACUUGUUA